CUGCGCCGCGCGCCCGCCGGGCCCCUCACCUCCCCUCGACAUGGCGCUGAGGCUGCUACCGCGACUUCGGCUCGGUGCCCGGCUGCCUGACUUCUUUCUGCUGCUGCUUUUCAGGGGCUGCCUGAUAGGGGCUGUGAAUCUCAAAUCCAGCAACCGAAACCCAGUAGUGCAGGAAUUUGAAAGUGUAGAAUUGUCUUGUAUCAUUACGGAUUCACAGACAAAUGACCCUAGGAUUGAAUGGAAGAAAAUCCAAGAUGACCAAACCACAUACGUGUUUUUUGACAACAAAAUUCAAGGGGACCUGGCAGGUCGUGCAGAACUGUUGGGGAAAACUUCCCUGAAGAUCUGGAAUGUGACACGGACAGACUCAGCCCUCUAUCGCUGUGAGGUUGUUGCUCGGAAUGACCGCAAAGAAAUUGAUGAAAUUGCCAUUGAAUUAAUUGUGCAAGUGAAGCCAGUAACCCCUAUCUGCAGAGUGCCAAAGGCUGUCCCUGUAGGCAAGGCAGCAACGCUGCAGUGCCAGGAGAGCGAGGGCUAUCCCCGGCCUUACUACAACUGGUAUCGCAAUGAUGUGCCGCUGCCAACGGAUUCCAGAGCCAAUCCCAGAUUUCGAAAUUCCUCUUUUCUCUUAAACUCUGAGACAGGCACUCUGGUUUUCAACGCUGUUCAUAAGGAGGACUCUGGGCAGUAUUAUUGCAUUGCUUCCAAUGAUGCAGGCUCAGCCAAGUGUGAGGAACAAGAGAUGGAAGUCUAUGACCUGAACAUUGCUGGAAUUAUUGGGGGUGUUCUGGUUGUUCUUGCUGUCUUAGCCCUGAUAACGUUGGGCAUCUGUUGUGCAUAUAGACGCGGCUACUUCAUCAACAAUAAACAAGAUGGAGAAAGUUACAAGAGCCCAGGGAAGCCUGAUGGAGUUAACUAUAUCAGGACAGAUGAGGAGGGUGACUUCAGACACAAGUCAUCGUUUGUGAUCUGAGACCUGGCGGUGUGGCUGAGAGCAUAUGCAGAUACCUCUACUAGAAAGAAACUCCUGUCAAGGGCAGUCAUGAGCCAAGUGCACUUGGACAGAGCUAGACACUCAUGCACAAGCUUUUUGUUUUGGCCAAAGUUGACCACUACUCCUUUCUUACUCUUUUAACAAGCCACACAAAUAAAGGAAUCUUCCACAAGAUGGGCACAGUAACCACAAGGAAAAGGAACUGUGAGUUCACGAGUUGGGUCUCCAACCUAUUGCUGACCCAAUUUUCACAUGGGUAUUAGGGUGAUCUGAAAGGUCUUGCCCAUAUCUGUUCUCCUGGGCUGGGCACCACAGAUCUGAUUUUGCCACUGCUUGUUCAUUAGCCAUAAGCACUGGCCACAAGAGGAUGAGGUGACUGUGAUAGCAACAAUGUGAGCAUGGCACAAGGUCUUCAGUUGCCAUUUCCAGUAAUAACUUCAGAAAAGGAUUUGCAUGCAGUGCCUCAUUCCAUGGGCCCACAGGUCUCUUCUUAAGGCUCUGGUGAUCAGUGUUGUUGUGUCCAUCUUGGAGAAUCUUUUUGGAUCAGCAUUUUAUAAAAACAACCAAAAUCAGGAAGGUAAAUGGCUUGCUGGAAGAGGGUUCUUCUUACCCAAAGAACCCUGCUAGUCCAUGAAGGUAUAAGGAUUUAAGGAAAACUUCAUCUUUGGCUAAAGUCUGAAAUGGUACUGAAAGAUUCUUUUCAGUGGGUCUUGCUUAUUUUAUAAAAUUUUACAUUCUAAAUUUUUCUAAAGAUGUAUUUUGAUUAUUGAAAAGAAAAUUUCUAUUUAAACUGUAAAUAUAUUGUCAUACAGUGUUUUAAAAACUAUUUUUUUUAAGAGUUUCACUUAAGAUAGAAGUUCUAAGCUACUAGUAUUAAAUUGGAAAGUACCAAUAGUUGAGAGUAUUUUACCCAAUGAAUCCUCUCAAGGAGACUUACUAGAACAUUCCUUUGUUCAUGUGCUUUAGCAUUUUUCAUUAGAAAACUUAUGCCAUGUGUACAUCAGACCAUUGUUACUUAGGAAACUUUUAGAAAAUUCCAGUCUAGCCCUGUUGACAUCUGCUUGCAUCUCUCCAAAAGAAACUUAGGGAGCUCUCAGGUUAGCUCUGAACUGCCUUUUCCUGAGAUCACAACUGCCUGUGCCUGGAGACUGCCAAAGAAGCCCUUAGAUAUCUGUAGUGACCACAAUGAUAUAUUUUUGGAGUUAAGUCAGAUAACACUGACUUGUAGGUGCUGGUGAGAAGGCCCACUGUGUCUUCACAGUCCUUACCACAGCUGUGUCCCUAUUAGCUUCAGUAGUGUUGUGUAUUUGCUGUAUAGCUCUUAGAAGUUCUAAUGUGGCCACUUAGGAAACUUGGUGUCUUCUGUGUGGCAUCCCAGCCUUAAGGUUCCUGAGACAGACCUUCUUUUGGUUGUAGCUGGCUCACAAAUCAGUGGGUCUUGCUAUUUGGUUUUUAAGUUAAUUUUAAUUGUGUAGUUCAUAAGACUGUCUAGGCCAAAGGCCAUUUUGAAACCAGAUCUGUCAACUUAAGUAAUAUUUUUAAAAGAAAAUGAAUCCAGCUGUUUCUCUUUGCUAUGAAGAAAGCACCCUGACACCAUAGGUUCUCUCUCUCCUUCAUAAUAAACCAUUAUGUGGUGGCAGCCAGUCCAGCCUUUUGAAGACUAUGAGGAAGUGCAGCCAGGUCAAAACACGAUGGUGAGGAAAGUAAAAUGCCUGCCUGAAUCAAAAGCAGUUUUCUAAUUUUAACUCUUUUAUCUACCUGAGACACUGUUCACUUUGUGGGAGACAUUAGAAACUUGGCCUAAAAGCCUUUGUUCUUCAAGAGUAGAUUUUUCAGCUUCAAAUACAGUGCUGUGUUGGACUCAUGAUGUGAAGUGGGUUGAAUCAAGGAGCUUCUCAGAGGUGCGCCUAAUUCCAUGUGUGCCUGGAGGGUGGCUUUUUUGUAGAAUGUAGUCACCUUGUAAUUCAGAUUUCAGUGUCUUAAUUUUUUAAUACUUUUGGUUUUUUUAAUUGAAUACUUGAGACAUGUUGACUUUGAUUUAAAGUUAUAUGAAAUAUUGUGCUGUGGGAUAUUUGGCAGGAACAGCAGGCAACUCUCCCACACUUUGUCAGUGGUACCAGUCUUGCAUUUGCAUCUUGAAUGCUUAGAGUUGAGACUUGUUCUUUCAUGUCUGCCACCUCCUGGAAGGAAGGGGGUCACUCCCCCAGUCUCUAACUGUUGAGGAAUAACAUGCUAGCCUUUUUGGCUGUAAUAGUGAUAGGGUGUCCUUAUUACCUCCCUUCUUACACCCUAGAGCCUUCUGCCCUAGUGCCAUGGAAGUGGUUCUGACGCGUGGAACUUGGGAAACUGUUAACUGUAACUGUAAAACUGCAUACAGAGAAGGAGCACCCAUGUUUCUUUAAGAUUUGAAUGUGACUAAAGAAGCCUGAACAAGGAUGUUCUCUGGCCUGACAUGGAUGUUGCUGUACAUAGUUGUUACAGACUUGUACUAACACACCUAUAAUGUGGUAUUUGUUUAAACCUCAUUUAUAAAAGCUUUAAAAAAAAAAUCUCUUCAUUCUUUCUUGAUUGUGAUUAUGUUAACGUUCAUGUGUUCUCCUAGCAUUUUAUUAGGCAGGUACACUGAAAAGGUACACUGUCUGCGGGGAAGUCAGUACCUGAACUUGGAACCAAGUGUGUGUUUACUCACAAGCAGCUUUUUGAGUCACUCAACCAGUGAUGAAACUAUCUUUGUCACAGAUCAUUUAUGGCAGAGCUGUGGAUGGAGCACAGUAACUUUCCAUCUUCCAAAUCUAACUAAUACACAUGCUGAAAACACAAAUACUGCUGGGCGUGGUAGCACACAACUGUAAUCCCAGAGGCUUGGGAGCCCGAGGCAGGAGGAUCUCAAAUCAAGUUCAAGACCAGUCUCACCAACUUCAGUGAGACCAUUUCAAAAAAAAAAAAAAAAAAAGGGGCUGGGAUGUAGCUUUAUGGUUAAGUGCCCCUGGAUCCAAUCCCUGGUACCAAACAACAAGAACAAAACCCCUACAAUAGUAACUUUGGGGGUGGGGAUGUUACAUGGUGGUAGAGCACUUGCCUAGCAUGUGUUAGGUCCUAGAUUGAUCCCCAGCACUUAGAAAAAAAUUCAGCAUGAGUUAUUAAAAAGACAAAACAAAAUACCAAUAUGUUUACACUUUUGCCUUUAUAAUAAUGGAAUCAGAAAAUGGAACCAGUCAGGCAUGUUGACCAGCUGCUGAGGCAGGAGGAUGGCU